AUGAAUAGUGGAAAGAUUACACAGACCCGCGGGCGGCUCGGCGCGCUACCCGUCUCCUCCGCGGGCGGAGGCGGCGGAGGGGCGGCAGCCAGAGGUGGUUCGCUCCGCGGCGACCGCGACCGAAGCGGCGCCAGCGACCGCCUCCACCAGAGACGGUUCAGCGCCCACGUGGGGGCGUCGCGACGCGAGUCGACGCUUGAACGCAGCAUUGACGCGGCGAUCAGACGUCCGUCGCUGGCGGCUGUGGCUGAACGCGGAUCGUGGGGGUCCCGCUGGGAGUUCCUGCUUUCUUGUGUCGGACUGUCAGUCGGAAUCGGAAAUGUAUGGCGGUUUCCGUACCUCGCUUACCAGAAUGGUGGAGGCGCCUUCCUCGUGCCCUACCUUAUAAUGCUGGCGUUGGCUGGGAAGCCAAUGUACUUUCUGGAGCUCGCUAUUGGCCAGUUCGCAGGAGUGGGGCCAAUAGCACUCUGGAAUUGCUGUCCAAUAGCAAAAGGAGUGGGGUGUGCGAUGGUAAUGGUGUCUAUAAUGGUGUGCAUCUACUACAAUGUGAUAAUGUCCUACACGGUGCACUACAUGGUGUCAUCAUUCGCGUCCGAAGUGCCUUGGAGCAAAUGUGACCCGGCCUGGGCUGACAUGGCUACCUGCUAUGUUAGAGGUGACACCAACACCCUCGGACAUUUGAAUAGCUCACUAACGAAUACGACAAAUAACGCCACAAUAAUAGUUGAUCAUAGCAAUAAAGAAACAGCAAGUCUACAGUAUUGGGAGAGACACGUUCUACACCUAUCUGAUGGAAUAGAGCAUCUGGGACCUAUCAAAUGGGAUUUGGCUCUUUGUCUAUUAGCCUGUUGGAUUGUAGUCGUUCUGUGUCUAAUCAAAGGCAUCAAAACAUCCGGCAAGGUUGUCUACUUCGCUGCCACAUUCCCCUACAUAAUCCUUUUCACAUUAUUGAUAACUGGAUUGAUGCAAGAGGGCGCUAUGACAGGAGUUCUCUACUUCAUAACACCGACGUGGAAAAAGCUACUUGACAUACAGGUUUGGCAAGCGGCAGCCAGUCAGAUGUUCUUCUCAUUGAGUGUAUCAAUGGGAGGACUGAUCAUGUACAGCAGCUACAAUGAUUUCCGCAACAAUGUUUAUAGAGACGCACUUGUGGUGAGUAUCAUGGACACCAUAACCAGCAUAAUCUCGGGCGUGGUGACCUUCUCCAUCCUGGGCGCCAUGGCACAUGACCUCAAGGUGCCCAUCAACCACGUGGUGAAGGAGGGUCCAGGCCUUGCCUUUGUGGCCUACCCUGAGGCACUACUGAGGCUCCCGUUCCCUCAGCUGUGGUCCGUCCUAUUCUUCCUCAUGCUUUUCAUACUCGGGCUGGAUAGUGAGUUCGCAUUAUUGGAGAACGUCCUAACAAGUAUAUCCGAUGAAUUUACGGGUUUGAGAAACCAUAAAUUGAUAUUCUGCAUCAGCACAGCGGUUAUAUGUUACCUAAUUGGUCUUACAUGUGUGACACACGGAGGUAACUAUGUUUUAACAUUGAUGGAUAACUACGGAGGUGGACGAGCCGUAUUAUUCAUUGCUAUAUUCGAGUGUAUAGCAUUAAGCUGGAUUUAUGGAAUCAAACGGUUAUGUGAAGACUUACGCUACAUGCUUGGAUUCAUCCCGAAUUUCUAUUGGAGGAUAACAUGGUGUUUCUUCGCCCCUGUCAUCCUAUCAGUAAUUUUCAUCUACUCGCUAAUCGACUACAAGCCUCUGCACUACGAGAACUACGACUACCCAGACUGGGCUGAUGGCAUAGGCUGGGUAUUGGCCGGCCUCUCAACCCUACAGAUCCCAGUGUGGGCCAUUGCCAUUGUGCUGCGUCAGAAAGGCCCCACAUUCAAAGAGAAAUUCUGCCAAGCAUUGAAAUCGAACAGCGACUGGGGCCCAAGUGAUGCCGAUUUGAAGGAAGAGUGGAGCGCCAUCAAAAAAGAAUCUGAAAUAAGAGCCAUGAAGUCAUCGUCUCAUCAAAAUGGAAUGACGUUCAAAUCAUCACUGAAAUCGCACAGCCAGCCGUCAGUCUAGUCAUACAACAGCAAUAUAAGAAUAGUCUGAUUUAUUAAGAGUGUUUUAAUGUUGCCAAUCAGUGUGCCGAGAUUAGAAAGAAUAACUUAGACUCAGAAAUAAUAAACAAAGGACAUUGGUGAACUGUAAAUAUUAUAGAAACUUGGGUAAUGGGUAGCUCUGAAAGUAUAUGAAUCACUAUUGUUCUCGUCAGUAUUGUAGAAAUUGAGGUAUUAUUCAUGAUGCAAAUCUAUUAAUUUGGGAAUUAAUCACGCUGGCAAGUGGUGAAUUAGUUGGAGAAGUCAACGAUUACAUACAGUAGUUUUUAAUAUGGUAUUCUAUUUUCAUUAAGAAACUAUUCCAAUCCAUAUUGAGGUGAAAAAUAUAUAUUUUAAUGAUAUGACAAACAAGGCGCUUCUGAAAUCUCAAUGAAUGAUUAAAAUAGUUAUUUGUGCAACUAGUGCGCAAAGUGACAGUUUGCU